GCCGUUGGUUUCCAGGGCAAACGUGGCGUCACUGGCGGUGAAGGGUGGAAGGUCGGGGAGCAGCUGGGUGGGUGUUGGCUGCCGCUGGCGGAGGAGCUGCGGCUGUGGUGCCCGCGGCUCGGGAGCGCCCCGCAGGCAUGGAGUUGGAGACGGCGUUGGAGGCCGUGAGGGGGCGCGGCGGGGCCGAGGGCCUCGAGCGGGUCCUGGGCCGGUACAACGAGAAGAAUAGGGCCACUUUCAAAUUUGAUCCUGCAGAUGAGGAGAAAAGAAAGAAACUAUGUGAAGGAAUCUUAAACAUCCUCGAAAAAGACAUAAAAACAUCAUAUCAAGUUGCCUGUCUCGAAGCCCUUCGGAUUCUCUCCAGAGAUAAGAAGGUUUUAGUGCCUGUGACAACAAAGGAAAACAUGCAGAUCCUGAUGAGGCUGGCAAAGCUAGACAUGACAGAAGAUUCUUUGGAGGAUGUGUCCAAUUUCCCUGUUAUAGUGGAAGCUUUAAAAUGCCUCUGUAACAUAGUUUUUAAUAGUGCCAUUGCACAAAAACUCAGUUUGGAACUGAACCUUGCAGCUAUGCUUUGCAAUCUACUGAAAAAAUGCAAGGACCAACAGUUUGUUGAUGACAUUAAAUGUUUUGAUUUGCGCCUUCUCUUCCUCCUGUCACUUCUGCACACAGAUAUUAGGUCACAGUUGCAUCAUGAGCUACAAGGGUUGCAGGUUUUGACUCAAGCCUUGGAAAGUUCAUUUAGCAUAAGAUGGACAGACAAGUACAAAGCUGCUGAAGAGCAUGAUGGAUCUCCUUUAUCGCUGCAAGAAACGGAUUGUGCCAUUGAGGCACUCAAAGCUCUCUUUAAUGUGACACUCGACAGUUGGAAUGUCCACAGUGAGAAUGAAUCUCAUCAAUUUCGUUAUAUGGCUGCCAUCCUUCGCCACUGCUUAUUAACCGUGGGCCCUACUGAAGACAAAACUGAAGAAUUGCACAGUAAUGCAAUCAACCUUUUAAGCAAUAUUCCAGUUUCUUGUUUGGAUGUUCUCAUUAGUCCAUCAACCCAAGAAGAAACAGUUUUGAAAUAUAAUGGUAUGAAUAUGGAUGCCAUUCAAGUGUUGCUGGAUUUCAUGGAGAAAAGAAUAGACAAGGGAAGCAGCUACAGAGAGGGUCUGACUCCAGUUCUCAGUUUACUAACAGAAUGUUGCCGAGCUCAUCGGAACAUCAGGAAGUUUAUCAAAGCUCAGGUAUUGCCCCCAUUAAGAGAUGUAUCAAAUCGUCCUGAAGUUGGCACAACAGUGAGAAACAAACUUGUGCGCCUUAUGACACAUGUCGACCUUGGAGUAAAGCAAAUUGCAGCAGAAUUCCUUUUUGUCCUUUGUAAGGAGAGAGUUGACAACUUGUUGAAGUAUACAGGCUAUGGUAAUGCAGCAGGACUGCUGGCAGCAAGGGGCCUGUUAGCAGGAGGAAGGGGAGAUCAUUGGUACUCCGAUGAUGAAGAUACAGACACUGAAGAAUAUAAAUCGGCAAAGCCAAACAUUAAUCUUAUCACUGGUCAUGUAGAGGAGCCAAUGCCCAACCCUAUGGAUGAAAUGACAGAAGAACAAAAAGAAUAUGAAGCCAUGAAACUUGUCAACAUGUUUGAUAAACUUUCCAGGUUAUGGCUGUCUUUGGGGACAACAAACAAGUUUCAAGGGAUUCCCUUUCAAAUCUGAGGGAUGAGGUUAUAAAACCAAUGGGAGUUCGACCGGAUGGCACGAUGACUCCUUUGGAAGAGACAAUCUGCCAGUACCAAACCAAUGAGCAAGACAGUUCAGAUUCAGACUAAAGCAUCACCUGCUUCACUGUCAAUAUCUCCUUUAAUCAGCAUCUUCCUUCAGAGCCGCGACAUCUUUUAUCUACACAUUCUACCCUCUCAUUAGCCAGCAUCACUUUAAGUCUUAUUAUUGGGAUAUUUGAAUGAUGGAUCUUGUGGUGUAAUCUCUGCAUUUUUAUUAAUCCAUUUAUAUAGGAACAAAUGAUCAGUUUAUUAAUUGUAAAGCAAAUUGUAUUUCAGUGAGAUGAAAAUAAAAGAUUGCAAUGCAAAAAAA